CCAUCCUCUUAUCAGCACAAUCCUCAUCUCAAUUCUUCUUUACAAAACCCACAAACAAGUGAUGAUGUAGAAAAAUAUUUCUAUGGAAAAUAUCCAUAUCAUUAUACAAAGUAAAUUCAUAUAUACUUUAUAUCAUUCCUCUUUUACAAUGUCACCCAAUUUGAUUUCAAAUGUUCAUAUCAUCAUACCCUGUAAAUUGAUACCUCCUUUUUCAUUCCCCUUUCACAAUGCCACCCAUUUUGAUUGCAAUGUCUCAACAAGGGUCUAUGCAAUUUCCAACAAUGUUUCAAUUACCAAAGCUUCAAAUCCAAAAUUAAUAGAUACCCAAUUGAACCAAUUAUGCAUUGAUGGUUCCCUUAGUGAAGCUGUGGCAAUUCUUGAUUCCAUUGCCGAACAAGGGUGUAAGGUUAGACCCAUUACAUAUAUGAAUUUGUUACAGUCAUGUAUUGAUAAAGAUUGCAUUUUGAUGGGGAAGGAGUUGCAUGAUAGAAUUGGGUUGGUGAGAAAAGUUAACCCUUUUGUGGAGACUAAGUUGGUGAGUAUGUAUGCUAAAUGUGGGUGUUUAGAUGAGGCACGUAAUGUGUUUGAUGAAAUGCGUGUGAGGAAUUUGUUUACUUGGUCUGCUAUGAUUGGUGCUUGUUCAAGAAACAACAGUUGGGGGGAGGUUGUAGAAUUGUUUUAUGAAAUGAUGGAGUAUGGGGUUUUGCCUGAUGAGUUUUUGCUUCUGAAGGUUUUGCGGGCGUGUGGGAAGUGUAGGGAUUUAGAGACUGGGAAGUUGAUCCAUUCUUUGGUGAUUCGAUGUGGAUUGUGCUACUCAAAGCAUUUGUGUAAUUCGAUUAUGGCUGUGUAUGCCAAGUGUGGGGAGAUGGAUUGUGCAAAGAAGAUUUUUGAUUGUAUUGAUAAGAGGGAUAGUAUUGCAUGGACUGCAAUGAUAACUGGAUUUUGCCAGAAUGGUGAGAUUGAACAAGCUCAGAAAUAUUUUGAUGCAAUGCAGAAAGAAGGAGUUCAACCUGGUUUGGUAAAUUGGAACAUUUUGAUAGCAUGUUAUAAUCAGUUGGGGCAUUGUGAUAUCGCAAUUGAUUUAAUGAGAAAGAUGGAGUGUUUUGGUGUCGCUCCAGAUGUAUAUACUUGGACUUCAAUGAUUUCUGGCUUUACUCAAAAGGGUAGUAUAAGUCAUGCUUUAGAUUUGUUGAGAGAGAUGUUUUUAGCAGGAGUUGAGGCCAAUAGCAUUACAAUUGCAUGUGCUGCCUCAGCAUGUGCAGCUUUAAAAUCAUUGAGCAUGGGAUUAGAAAUACAUUCUAUUGCUGUUAAGAUGAAUUUGGUUGGCAAUGUGCUAAUUGGUAAUUCAAUGAUUGACAUGUAUUCCAAGUGUGGCAAUAUCGGAGCCGCUCAACGCAUUUUUGAUAUGAUGUUACAGAGAGAUCUGUAUUCUUGGAACUCAAUUAUUGGAGGAUAUUUCCAAGCUGGUUUCUGUGGCAAAGCUCAUGAAUUAUUUAUGAAAAUGCAGGAGUCUGAUUCACCACCUAAUGUUGUUACAUGGAAUGUAAUGAUCACAGGAUAUAUGCAGAGUGGUGCUGAGGAUCAGGCGUUGGAUCUUUUUAAAAGCCUUGAGAAAGAUGGGAAAAUUAAGCGAAAUGUAGCUUCAUGGAAUUCGUUAAUAUCUGGUUUCGUACAAAAUGGACAAAAGGACAAGGCAUUACAGAUAUUCCGAAAUAUGCAGUUUUCCGACAUAGCUCCCAACUCAGUCACAAUUCUAAGUAUCCUUCCUUCCUGUGCAAAUUUAGUGGCCAGCAAGAAAGUGAAAGAGAUCCAUUGUUUUGCAGUGCGUAGAAAUUUAGCGUCUGAACUUAUUGUAUCAAAUUUAUUAAUUGAUAGUUAUGCCAAGUCAGGAAAUUUAAUGUACUCGAGAAAUGUUUUCUAUGGAUUGUCAGGGAAAGAUGUCGUCAGUUGGAACUCUAUGCUUUCUGGUUAUGUUUUACAUGGCUGUUCAGAGUCUGCACUUGGUCUUUUUAAUCAGAUGAGGAAGCAAGGACUUCGACUGAAUAGAGGUACUUUUGCGAGUAUUCUCUUAGCUUACUGUCAUGCUGGAAUGGUGGAUGAGGGGAAGAGUGUUUUCUCCUGCAUCACUAAAGAAUACCUGAUUAGACCAAGUAUGGAACAUUAUUCUGCUAUGGUCUGUUUGCUUGGUCGUUCAGGGAAGCUUGCUGAAGCAUUGGAGUUUAUUCAAAACAUGCCCGUCGAGCCAAAUUCCUCUGUAUGGAAUGCCUUGCUGACUGCUUGCAGAAUUCAUAGAAAUUUCGGAUUGGCAAUCAUUGCAGGAAAACGUCUACUUGAGUUGGAACCUGGAAAUAAUAUAACUGGAUAUUUACUUUCACAGGCAUAUUCUUUAUGUGGGAAGUUUGAGCUGGAGGAAGGAAAGGCUGUUAAUAAACCUGUUGGACAAUGCUGGAUUGAAAGGAAUAACACAGUCCAUACUUUUAUAGUUGGUGAUCGUUCAAACCCGUAUUUGGAUAAGCUACAUUCUUGGCUAAAACGGGUAGCUGUAAAUGUCAAGACACGUAUUUUCGACAAUGAACUUUGCAUUGAGGAAGAGGAGAAAGAAAAUACUAGUAGUGUGCAUAGUGAAAAACUUGCAUUUGCUUUUGCUUUGAUAGAUUCUCAUAACACACCUCAAAUUUUACGGAUAGUAAAAAAUUUGAAAAUGUGUAGAGAUUGCCAUGACACAGCCAAAUACAUAUCAUUGGCGUAUGGGUGUGAAAUAUAUUUAAGCGAUUCAAGUUGCUUACACCAUUUUAAAGGUGGCCGUUGUUCCUGUAGAGAUUAUUGGUAGAGCAAAAAUAACGUUUGAGAGAAUCAGUGAUGUCAGAAACAUGUAAAUCUGUCUUAAGAGUUCUGAGGAUUCCAUAAAAAAACCUGCAUCUGUUGGGCCAUGGGGAGGUAAUGGAGGGUCCCGUUGGGAUGACGGAAUAUACUCAGGAUUAAGGCAAUUGGUGAUUGUUCAUGGGACAGGAAUUGACUCUGUC